AUGUUGGAGAUUCGAGAACCAGGAGAAAUUUACCCAGAUUUGUCGGCACUCCUUGAGGCGGCGGAUGGGUGCAAGGGGCCACUGCUGGUACCAAAGUUCCGGUUCCUCGUGGAGUCCAGUCGAAGCUCCAUUCAAGUAUGGCCAAGUCAGAGGCUCCUCCUGGAGCUUCUCAUUGGCUGUCGCCGCUAUUAUGCUAAUCAGGGGGAGUCCCGGCCCAUAAAGGUUCCAGCAGUUGAAUUUGGCGCUACUUCUAUUCACUGCACAACCAUGCCCACGGACACCGAGAUGGACAUGAGUGAGUUCAUGAGGCUCACCAAAGAAAAGGACACGAGUGAAUCCAUGAUGCCCACAGACAAAGAAAUAGACAUGAGUGGGGCCAACAGCAAGGCUUGCGUGGACGGCCUCCAAGCACAGAAGGAGUGUCAGGAGCUCAACCAACACCUGCAGCGCCAGCUAAACCAGCCCCAGGAAGUCUUACAUGAGAAGGAAGCCGAAGCUGCCACGUGCAAACAGACGGUGCCUCUGACCCAGGCGACCCUGAGGGACGCUCUGAAGAAGGAGCAGGCACGAGUGGACGAGCUUCAGGGAGAGUUGGCGACCUUGAACCAACAAGUGGAUGACCUUUCUGAGAAAUUAAGAAGAAAGAGUGAGGACUCCGCGGAGGAUUACGCCUCCAGCUUCUUCGACCUGUUCCUCGUUUCUUGCGGUGUGGUGACGACGCCGGUUGUGUUCAUCAGCUGCAAGUGUCUGAAGAAAUGAGGUCCCAGAAAGCCGGCAGGCCACAACCAGGACUCAGCAGACUCCAGCUCCGAUUCCCCCUUGAGGCUUCCGGUCCUGGCCAGUCCCAACACGACCACACGGCAAAGCGGUGGUAGGGAGGACAGGGUAGCCUAAGGGGCCAAAGACAGGGCAGUCCUAAAAGAGUGGGCAGUAGCAGCGCUGACCCAAGGCCGCCUAGAGCCAGGGAUGGCACGCGAGUCGGGUUGCGGCACCUCCAUCUUGCUGACACUACUCUGAGAAAGUCACUUUCCUCUUGGGUCUUUGGACUCGAAGUGGAAACAUCCCUUUUGGGGGGAAACUGGACUCUCGAAUGUUUAGAGCGUUACUGGGGCACCUCCCAAGGCAUCUGAGGCCUGCCCUGCAGACAAAUGUGGACAUUCACUGACGUCCACAGCCAGCCUUCCGUGCUCUAGAAUGUUCCUCAAUACUGCUGGGGUUCCAGCAGGCACCGACCCCCUGCAUCCCCAGCCCUCUUCUCUGCUGGCAGCAUCGAAGGACCCUCGUCCGGGCUCCCUGCCUGCAGUUUUCUCCUCUCAUCUCCUGGCUUCUCUCAUCUCAUUAGCGCUUCAUCUUCGGAUGACACUGCUUCCACGAGGAAACCGAGGCUGAGACGAGGGACACUCUGUCCUGGCUCCCAGUCCCUUCCGGCAGAAAGUGCAGGGCUGGGACUCACACUUGGAUGAGCAGACUCGGGGCAGAUCUGUGUCACCUGGCCCUGCCACCUCCAUCCCCCAAGCUCCUAUUCAUCCUACAGUACCCAGCCCUGGGAGCCCCUCCCCAGAGAUUCCUCUGCUUCUCAGAAUGAAGUCCUCGAAGAGUUCUCUGAUUACUUAGUGGUUAGGAUUCCAGGCUUCCAAGGCCUGGGUUCAGUCCCUGGUCUAGAAACUAAUAUCCCAUCACUGGGAGAGAUGACCAAUAUAAAGGAAAGAAAGCUC